ACUCCAUUCGAAAGAUGAAUUGGAGCCCAAAUUCAAUCUUCUACACCUGCAUUGCAAAGUACACUACAAUCCUCGCAGAAUUCAAUCCGAACAACUCCUCCGAUCUUACCGAUUUAGCUAACAAAUGCCUCGAAAAAACACCCGCAUUCCAUUCUGUCUUCUCACACACUGUUCAUAACAGAACAUACAUGUUCUUCAUCAACGAUCCGUUUGUAUACUUUGGAAUAUUCGACCACUCGCUCGAUAAACACAACUGUUUGUUGUUCCUCAAGAAUGUAGAACAAGUGUUUAGUGGUAUGAUCGAAUUCGAUAAGUUGAGUUCAGGCACGAUGAAUCCGAGUUCUCAUUGUUUGCAACGAGAGUUGAGUCCGGUUUUUAGGCAACUCGUGGGUGCGAAAUGGGAAAUGAAUUCGAAAGAUGGAUCGGAUGAAGACGACGGCAUUUCGAGUAGGUGUAGGUGUGUGUGGGAUAAGCAAGUGAUGGUGGUGUUGUGUAUGGAUGUGGUGGUUUGUGUUAGUUUGUUUGUGAUAUGGCUUUGGGUUUGCGACGGUUUCCGGUGUGUCGCUGAUUGAAUGUAGUGUAAAUCAUGGGCGGACUUAAGUGUUGUGGUGGGUGGGUGGGCAGGUGCACCUAUUGAAGAAAUUUUAUAGUGUAUUUUAUAGGCGAAAAUCUUGAUCGCACCCCUUAAAAGUUUGUUUAUAGAACAAAUGUUUGUAUAUUGAUGAUAAUAAGUUUAGUUGUUUGUGAGUGGUUAUUGUUUGAUGAUUGGUUAAAUAUAUGUGAUUGUCACUUGUUUACCGAUAAAUAUUGUUAUGUU